AUGGCGGUUCAGUUCAAAUUCCGAAGCUCCGUGAACUUCGACUCGGUCGAUAUCGACGGCCGAACCUCCAUAUCAAUUCGCGAUCUCAAAUCGAAGAUAAUUCGCCACAAGAACCUCAAUGUAUGCCAAGACACCGAUCUCGUAUUCUCUGAUGCGAUAACUGGUCAAGAGUACACUGACGAGAAUAUUCAAAUUCCGCGUGGUUCUAGCGUGAUAAUCAAGAGAGUGCCCGCAGGAUCAAUUCAUGUAGAUGUUGGCAAGCCUCACUUCAACUCAUAUCAGAAUCUUCAUAGCAAGGACUCUGUGAAUGCUAAAUCACUUGUUUCAGCGAAUGUGGAGACUGUUGACUUUGAUGACUUUGGGGUUGACUUGUUUCCCAUUCCUAGGGCAACCUUUUUCAGUUCUGAUAUGGAUGCGGACAAGGAUACCUGCAUCCUUGAUUAUGAGCCAAAUACUGACAUCAAAAGAUAUUCAGAGCAAGCUGUGGGAGGAGGCCGUAAGCUUGAAGCAAGUGGCCUUAGUGAUGCUAUUCCAGAAGGUCAUGUACAUAGUGGCGUUGAGCACACCGUACCACAGACAAAACCAAAUCCUGAAGAAGACAUGAAUCUGGAAAAGGUGGGUAGUGUGAAUCCCAUAGAUACCCGGCAUGCUGAUUUGUCAUCAGAGCUGAAAUGCUCUUUAUGCUACUCAAUUUUCAAGGAGGCCAUGAUGAUACCAUGCUGCCAGCACAGUUUUUGUGAGAAAUGCAUUUGUCAAGUGCUGCUUGAGAAGGCAAGAUGUCCGAAGUGUUUUUCGACCAAAUGCAGAGUUGAUGAUUUGCUACCGAAUGUAUCACUUAGGCAAGCAAUUGAGCAUUUCCUAGAAUCUCAAAAUUUAAUCACUGGUCCAGAUAAUGAUUGCUGCCAAUAUGCUCCAGAUGGCGAAUCUGGAAUUCAGGCAAAAGAUGUGUCUUGUGGUGGUAGUAUCUUACAAAGAGAGUCAGAGUUGCCUCAUUCUCCUGAAACAGGGGUGGGAUCUAAUCAUUUUUUCGCAGAAUCUGCUCAUAUCCCAGCCUUCAAAAAAGAUGCACCUAACCAUUUCGGUGCAAAAAACUUUCUAAAAAGACAUGGUUCUACCCGUAUCGUUCCUGAUGGCUUGGCAGCCUUUGAUGAUUGCCAAGGAGAAAGCAAGCCUAUGCAUGAGCAAGCUGAACCCACAAUCAAGAAAAAGAGGCCACCUUGGGUUUGCACAGCAGGUGGUGACAAGAGUUUCUUGGGGACUGGAAAGCACAGAAAGGGGGAACGUACCUGUUACAUGUGUGGGGCUCCAGACCAUUUCAUAAGAGACUGUCCAGUUGCUUCAAGUCCACAUCCUAUGCUUCAUGCAGGAAAUGCAAUCUUUCCAGGAGCUAUGCCAGGUUAUGUACCACCAUACUGGAAUGGGGCUCCCUCACCUCAUGCCCAGCCCUUUAGAAAUCCAUAUGGAAAUCAUGUGAUGACUGCUUUUGAUACAAGUCUGGUCCCUCCUGCUCCUUUUGCUGCUCCUACAUACAUGGCAUCUAUGUAUCAUAACUCGUUUCCUGCCUUUGGUGGAUAUAUGAGGAUGCAAGGUGUCACUCCUCUUCGAGGAACGGGUGAAGACUGCAAUUUAACUCAUCCAGAGUUCCCGGAUCUUCAAGGUCGGGAAAAGAGAAGAAAAUUUUCAAAUGAGAAUUCGAAGAGAGAGCAAUCUCAUGAUGGUGACGAAGACUCUGAUUUAAACAAGAGGCGUUACUGUACUGGGACAGAAAGAUUGCAUGAUCAUAAAUCUUGUAUAAACAAAGAAAAGAGUACAAGUUACUCUGAGGACGGCUCUACUAAAGGGUCCCAGAGGCAACAUCGGCAUCAUAAUCACACAGAUGAUGACAUGCUCUCAAUUGAUGGUCAGCGGAAGAGUUCUCAUUUGGUGGUUGGUGGUAGAGAUCAGAAGCAGUAUCAUCGCACAGAGAGAUCAAGUUCAGAAGUAGAUGAUAUGUCAAGUAGCAGUUGCCACAGUGAAGAGAAACACAAAUACUAUCAUAGAAGCUCCAAAAAGUAUAAGGAAAGAGGAGAGCAGUGUGGCAGUGGUUCCAGCCGGAGUCAUCAUCAAAGUAUGAGUAAGAAAGAUGAUCACAGUAAAAGGAUUGAGCACGAUUUCAAAAGGCACAGUCAGAAGCAUCACAGCCACUCAGGAUCUGGCAUAGAACAGAGUGUUUCCAGUGAUAAGAAGUUGCAUAAAGGGAGCAGUCGCAGUUCUAGACAUUCUAAGCACAGUGCAAAGAGUAAUGUUGAUGAGCUGAGUCAUGACAGGUGGCAGAUGGCUAGUGGGUCCGAUGAAGAUGGUGCAGAAGGUUAUCAGUAUUGUAGACGGAAAAGAAAACACUGA